AUGGGAAAGGUAAAACAGCAGCUCCUCCCCACGUGUCUGUGCAGUAACAUUACUGGUAUCAGCAUCAUGGCAGCAUUAGACCCAGAUUUCUCACAUUGACAUAUUCAGCACAGACAGGCUUGUGCUUUGCUGAAGCGGUCAAAACACGUAGAGUAGAGGACUCUGAGGAGAGCUUGGUCUCUGUGUUACAGGUUUGGACUUCAGAGCUCUGUUGCAAAGGUUCCUCCCUGUCCUCUCAUCAUGGCCAGCGGGGAUGACGAUGACCCCAUCAUACAAGAGUUUGACGUCUACUUGGCCAAAAGUCUUUCGGAGAAGCUGUAUCUGUUUCAGUAUCCUGUGCGCCCCUCUACUAUGACGUAUGAUGAUGCACAUCAUUUAUCUGCCAAAAUUAAGCCUAAGCAACAGAAGGUAGAGCUUGAGGUGGCCAUGGACACUAUGGGCGCAAACUACUGCCGCAGUAAAGGGGAACAGAUUGCUCUCAAUGUUGAUGGCACUUCUUGUGAAGAGUCUAACCUGUAUUCUGUAAAAAUGAUGGACAAACAAACCUUACAAUCUAUUCAGGCAACCACUGACACAUCUCGCUAUGCAGCUGCCAUUUUUCGCAAAGGUGAGUUCCACCUCACGCCACUACAGGGGAUCCUCCAGAUGAGGCCCAGCUUCUCCUACCUGGACAAAGCAGACACAAAACAUCGCGAGAGGGAGGCGGCGAAUGAAGCUGGUGACUCCUCUCAGGAUGAGGCAGAGGAAGAUACCAAGCAGAUCACUGUGAGGUUUUCCCGGCCGGAGUCUGAGCAGGCUCGCCAGCGUCGUGUCCAGUCCUACGACUUCCUGCAGAAGAAGUGCGCAGAGGAGCCCUGGGUGCAUCUACACUACCAUGGCGUAAAGGACGGACGUUCUGAGCAUGAGCGGCAGUACCUGUUCUGCCAGUCCAUGGGGGCUACAGAGAGCACUGAGCUGGUGAAGACACCCAGUGAGUACUUGGCCAUGCUUAUGCCUCCAGUAGCAGAGGAGAAGAUUGUGAAACCCACUGGCCCGAGCAACGUGCUCUCGAUGGCUCAGCUGCGUACCCUGCCCCUCGGAGACCAGGUCAAGACCCUCAUGAAGAACGUGAAGGUGAUGCCAUUUGCCAACCUAAUGGGCCUGCUGGCUACAGGCACAGACUCCACGUCAGUACUGCGCUGCAUCCAGCAGGUGGCGAUGCUCGUACAGGGCAACUGGGUUGUCAAGAGCGAUGUGCUCUACCCAAAGACCAACUGCAGCCCCCACAGUGGCGUGCCUGCUGAGGUGCUCUGCAGGGGCAGGGACUUUGUGAUGUGGCGGUUCACUCAGGAGCGCUCCGUGAUGAGGAAGGAGGUGGCCGCUGUCAUAAAGUUACCCCCAGAGGACGUGAAGGACUUCCUGGAGCAGAUGGCGGUCCCCAGGAUCAACCGUGGCUGGGAGUUCUUGUUGCCCAGCGACCACGACUUCAUCAAGAAGCACCCAGACGUGGCACAGAGGCAGAACAUGUUGUGGCUGGGCAUCCAGGCUAAGCUGGAGAAGGUGUUCAAUUUCUCCAAGGAGGACUUUGCACCAAAGAAAGAUUCUCAAGCAGAACCACUUCAUGUGACUGGUGAGCAGCGUGUGAAGUCUGCACGGGAGAGUGCCCGUGACAACCAGGCCACACUGCAGAGGGACAUGGACGCCCGCCGCAAAGGCUCUGCCCCGGGUGGCAAUGCCAGUGCCUCCGCCUCCACCUCCUCGUCGUCCGUCCGUGUCAAGCAGGAGCCCCUCAGCGACUCAGAGGAGCCCAUGGACACCUCCGACACCCUGGCCUCCGCCGCCUCCAUCCCUAACGGCUCCCUCAACGGUUACCCGGGCUCCCCCGACCCCCAGAACGGCCACUCUGCGCCCGGGCCGGAGCUGCAAGACUUUGUGCGCUCCACUUUCCGCCGGCACUUCGUGCUGACGCUCAGUGAAGUCAAGCGCCUCUUCAACCUGCACCUGGCCGGCCUGCCUCCGGGCCAAUGCCCGUUCGGCCCGGUCUCGGACCACGCGCUGCAGGACGCCAUCCUGCUAAACCAGUGCAAACAGAUCCUGGUGCCUUUCCCCCCUCAGAUCAGAGCUGCUGCAGACGAGCAGAAGGUCUUU